AUGACAGAUAACUUUAACAUAGAGAACUUUAUCGGAAAUUUUCUGUUUGGCAAACUUUAUCGUGGUUUUCUUCAUAAACAAUCCUUCACUAUAAAGAUAUGGGAUACACCAAACUUAAAUGAAUAUAUGGUUGGAAAUCAUGAAUUGAGAUUGAUGGAUGAACUCAUUAUGCUUCGUCAUGAAAGACUUGUUCAUCCAGGCAUUGUCAGCUUAUAUGGAUAUUGUCGCGACAAAGAGUGUAUUGCUGUUGUUUAUAAUCUCAAGUGCAUGAAUUCACUCUAUAACCUUCUCCUAAAAGAGGAUUUUACAUGGGUACAAAGGAUUAAAGUUGCUUUUGCAUUUGCCUGCAUCCUCAAGUUCUUACAAGCUAGACUAGGAGAUCUUGAUCCAUUUGUGAUUCGCAAUUUGGCUGCAGAACAUGUGAUAUUGGAUGAGGAAUACAAUCCAAAGUUGGUUGAUUUCAGCAUGAUAACGGGUGGAAUCUUUCCGAAUAGGCAUGUAUACUCAAAUCAACCUGCUUUUGGAUUCACGGGUUAUGCAGAUUACGAAUUAUUUGAAGACAAACCAGCUCAGCUAGCAACGUGGACUAAAAAAUGUGAUGUUUAUGCAUUUGGUGUUAUGCUUCUUAGACUAGUUUCCAAAAGAUUCAUAGGUGAAGAAGAAUAUGAUCAGAUUAACAAAUCAUUGGUUCACAAGAGCUUUCACGCAGAUCCAUGUUUCUAUGAUGUUGAUGGGAACAAACUUUCAAAGUUAGGCGUGAAUUGUACAUCUUAUUCUCGUAAAGAUCGACCGUCUAUAAUGAAAAUUGUCAAAAGUUUUUUGCAGCUUCGUAUUUUCAAUAAUCAAAAUGAACUUUUGAACAAGAAACUCAUCCCAUACAUCAUUUUUGAUACGGGGAAGAUCAAGACACCCCUUAGCGAUAUAAGGCAUAGAGAUAUCAAGAUAGAUAAAUUAUUCAAGUAUGUUCAUAAUAAUGAUAUUAUGAGAUUUACUGCUAGAGACUUGAAGGAGUACACUUUCAAUUUCAGUAAAAGGAAUUACAUUGGAAAGUUUCAGUUCGGAAAAUUAUUUCGUGGAGUUUAUAAGAGUUGUGUUAGCGGGAUUCAUUCUCUCAUUGUGAAGAUAUGGGACAAUGAUCAAAAUUUGCAACAUAAUUUACUCAAACUAGGGGAUGAAAUGUUGUUUUUACAUCAUGAAAAAUAUACCUGCCAUCCUGGAAUGGUUAGGAUGUGGGGUUACUGCAUUGAAGAUGAAAAAGUCGCUAUUGUAUUUAUUUUAAAGGUUAAGAAUUCCAUGCAUAAUCUCCUACUAAGAGAUAGUUUUAAAUGGCUACAUAGGAUUAAAGCUGCAUGCGGGGUGGCUUCCCUUCUCAAGUUUCUACAUACUGCACAGAAUCGCAUGGACCCUUUUAUUAUUCGUAAUGUGUGCCCAACUCAUAUAUUAUUAGAUGAGGAAUUCAAUCCAAAGCUAGUUGACUUUGGUAUGAUAGUUGGUGGUAUUUUUCCAAGCUUAGAAAGACAAGAUCAAAUCGAACCAACUAAUUACAUUAUUAGUAAAGACAUUCGUGACACUUGUACGACGAAGGACGAUGUCUUGUCUUUUGGGUUGUUACUUCAAUGCUUAAUAUCAGAAAAAAUAAAAAUUGAGCUAAAUGAUAGUUGUUUAGCUAUUUCAUCAAAUGCCAUAAAGAAUACUUUUGUGCAUCCAAAGCUGCAAAUAGAUCCAAAAUAUAAUGAUGAUGAUGGACAAGAGAUUACAAGGCUAGUUGUGCAAUGUGUGCAACCUGAUUCUACCUGUCGGCCAACUAUGUCUGAAGUUUUGGAGGUUUUGCAGAAACUAAAAAUGAUAUGA